AUGGGAGGUGGCGAGAGAUACAACAUUCCAGAUCGUCCAGCGCCCAAAAAGAGCCACCAGAUUGGCCGGGGGAAGCAGAGAAGCCGAGACCAGAAUGGGGUGAUGCAUUCUGCCGCCUCAGGAGCCUUAGGGGUGCCUCUUCACCGCAGGGUUGAGAAGGGCACCAACUAUUCAUGGUCUCCUGAGACUGUAGACAAGAAGAAUGCCUCAGUUCGUUUUGUCACACAAUUUGAUCAGAAUUGGGAGGGUACUAUGUCUCAUUUGAACAAACUGUUGUCAGCUCAGUGUGGUCAGAACUACGCUGGAGCCAAGUUUAGUGAACCACCAUCCCCAAGUGUGCUACCUAAGCCCCCGAGCCACUGGGUGUCUCUUCCUAUGGGUCCUUGCGAUCACCGUGAGAAAAUGACCUUUCAGUUGAAGAGCCUCCUGAAGGUUCAGGCCUAA